AUGGAAUUAGAGGAUCGUAAAGAGCGAGCGAGUAGACAACGGUCUCCGGAAGGAAGGGAGAGCAAAAAGUUGAAAGAAGCAUCACCUCCCCGAGCCACUGGUGGGUCGAAAUCUCGUCAUCGCAAUGCGGAAGAACGAGAAGCAAAACAGAGAGCUUCUAGAGGCAGUGGAAGAAGAAGCACCCGACCUGGUGCGGAAUCGACUGCACGGCCCAGCGACAGUCAAAGAUCACGACGUAAUGACGAAGAUCGUCGAGCCAAAGAUCGAGCAAAGGGCAAUCAUCAAAGAUCGGAUGCACCUACUGCCUCUUCUCCUUCUGCACCUCAGGUGGGCGCCUUUAGUGAAACUUCUUCCAAGGAUCGUAGCAAGGCGAAAGGACGCCAUACCACCAGGGGCGAUCGUAAUCGAAGAUCAGAUGCUCCCAUGUCUAAUUUUGCACCUCAGGUCGUGGCGGGUGCCAUUGGCGACACUUCUCUCAAGGAUCCUAGCAAGACCAAAGGACGUCCUCAUAGCAUCAAGGGUGAUCGUGAUGCCAAGAAUCGAGCUAGACGUUCAAGAGACCCUGCUGCAGCAAAACCAGGCGUAGAUAGUUUGACUUCUUCACCGCAAAGUCCCCGUUCCAAGGCGGACAGAGCAUCCAAGAAAUCUCGGCAAUAUGAUGAAAGUGAGAAAAAUGCCAAGCGCAUAUCCAAGAACAAAGAAUUUGGGACUCAAGAAGAACAAGUGGAUCUACAAGCACCUGUCGCGCAAGGCAUCGCUGUGGAUGAAGAAGCGGAAGAGAACGAGCGAUUCCUGAAACAGGAAGAAGCCAACCAAAGGAUGCAACAACAGCUCGAGGAAAUGACCCGACAGCAGCAACUAGCUGCUGAGGCUCUAGCACAAAAAGAACGAGAGGCCGAGAGGCAAAAGAAGAAGCGUCGCAGAAUUAUAUGUGCGAUCAUUGUUUUCUUCGUUCUGGCUGGAGGAGUCGUGGCAUACUUCCUGACGCGUCCGUCAGUAGAUGCAACGCCUUUGUUGGUUGCACCGGAGGAUCUAGAGGGUACCAUUUCCAGCGCCCCAUCGACGAAUCCUACGUCUUCGCCUACCCAAGCUCUCUUGUAUGAUCCACCGUCCGAAAGAGAUUGCGUGGCCAUGAAAAAUGGCCAACCAGUGGCCAAUCAGGACGAAUUGACAGCAUUUACUUUUGAAAUCACCAUAG